UGUUCCCGAGCUCCAGACGGACAGGACGGACCUCGAUGAUCCGGAUCUUUAUCUCUAUAAAUCAGACUCUGCUGUUAGAGAUGGACUGACUUUAGUUCCUCUGGUUCCUGGUGUUUUAAAGAGUCUUUAUUUAAUUUAAUGACCGACAGGAGGAGAGGAGGAGGAGGUAGAGUUUAGCUCACUCAGCUGAAUAGUUCCUCCGGGGGAAGGAAGUUUUCCAGCGGCGGAGGAAGCAGCAGAGGAAGCCGGGCAGGGCCGGACUGUCCCCCCGACAUGGAGGACUCGGGCUCGGCCCUGGAGAAGAAUGUGGCCGACCUCACGGUCAUGGACGUCUACGACAUCGCCGCCGUGGUGGGCCAGGAGUUCGAGCGGAUCAUAGACCAGUACGGCUGCGAGGCUCUGUCCCGGCUCAUGCCAAAAGUGGUCCGGGUCCUGGAGAUCCUGGAGGUGAUGGUGAGCCGGAACAACAUCAGCCCGGAGACCGAGGAGCUGAGGCUGGAGCUGGACAAGCUGAGGCUGGAGAGGAUGGACCGGCUGGAGAAGGAGAAGAAACACAGGAAGGAGCUGGAGCUGGUGGAGGACGUGUGGAGAGGAGAAGCUCAGGACCUCCUGACUCAGAUCGCUCAGCUGCAGGAGGAGAACAAAAGCCUCCUCACCAACGUGUCCGGCAAAGACCCCAUGAGUGAGGAGGAGCUGCAGAGACAUGAGGGUAUGACGGAGAGAGAGAAGCAGGUGAUGAAGAAGCUGAAAGAAGUGGUGGACAAGCAGAGAGACGAGAUCCGAGCGAAAGACAGAGAGCUGACGCUGAAGAACGAAGACAUAGAAGCACUCCAGCAGCAGCAGUCCCGCCUCAUGAAAAUCAACCACGACCUGCGACACAAGAUCUCGGUGGUGGAGGCUCAGGGGAAAGCUCUGAUCGAACAGAAGGUGGAGCUGGAGGCCGGCGCUCAGGCGCGGGGGCAGGAGGUCGGCGCACUCCGGCAGGAAAUCACACGCUUGAGGGAACGACUUCAAGGAGACCUGCCGGCCCAGAACCCCGAGGAGGGUCCACCUCAGCCGCCCUCACCUGCAGAGGAGGCACUGUGCGAGGAGGAGUCAGGAGGUCUGGACCCAAAGGACCCCAACCGACCCCGGUUCACCCUGCAGGAGCUGAGGGACGUCCUCCACGAGAGGAACGAGCUGAAGGCCAAAGUGUUCAUGCUGCAGGAGGAGCUGGCCUACUACAAGAGUGAAGAGACAGAAGAUGACUUGGUGACUCCCACUUCCUCCCCCUCACCUGAGCUGAGGUCUCGCUCCCGUUCUUCUGCACAGCCAGAGUCUGGAAUCAAGCGCCUGUUUAGUUUCUUCUCCCGGGACAAACAGCGGGGCUCGCCGAGGAGCGCGCAGUUCGACGGCUCGUGGGCGGGGAAAGACGACGUGUACACCGAACAAGCACAGGAGGCGUUACAGCACAUGUAGAGAGACGGGACAAACGCCAAAAAAAAAACUGUUUAACACUCCAUGUCCAUCGCUCUAAAGACGGCUUGUGAAGAAUCAUCUGCAAAACAAAAAAGCACAGCAAAGUGACUCAGCGCUACUAAGAUCUCACCUCUGCUCACCGUGAGGAGGAGGAGGAAGAGGAGGAGGAGGAGGAGGAGGAGGAGGAGGAGGAGGAGGAGGAGGAGGAGGAGGGAAGAAGAAGAGUGAACGUGUCCUACAGUAUGUAAUCUGAGGAGUUUAUUCAGACGCCUGAGAACCUGAACGUGUCUUAGAGAGUAAACGUUCAGAUAGUGUGUCUCUAAAGGUGCAUUCAGACCAAACAUGACGCAGAGAUGACAGGAGGGACACCUGUGAUAAUCUGACAGGUUGGAAUGUGCUUCUGACUUUUAGAGAUAAGCUAGAGAUGCUUCUCUUAGGACGUAUCAUGCCGUCUUAGUUUCUGUGAAUACUAUACAAAUGUCUUAUCUUAAAGCUCUGAUGGCGACAUUAAGUUUCUCCACCUCUCCUGAAUCUUCGUCCCAGUUGCACAAAACUUAUUGGACUGGAUUAAGUCUUAAAAAUGGAAAAGGAAGGAGACAGAUUGGAUCAGAUUUGUAGUCCAGUCUUGUUUUAAUCUGGAUUAAACUUCCAGCUUGUGAUGUUCACAAUUUUGAAGUCCUGACCAAAACAGAAGGCUGGAUUACAGGAACUAAAUCUAUGAAAACUGACAGAGGUUAAACUUAACCCUCCUGUUAUGUUGCGGGUCAAAUUGACCCUUUUUAAAAUUAAAACAUCUUACAUAGAUACUGGUUGUGGGUCAAUUUGACCCUGCAGUCACAGUGGAGGCUAAAAGGCUCAGAAGUGUCAAAUACUAAAUGUUCCUUUGAAACUGUGUUAAUAAAAAAACAGUGAGUUAUCCUCAUUGAACCAUGAUCUGUGAGAAUUAAAGAACACCCCUGCACUAAAUAUUGAUUUAAAUGUUUAGUAAUGGAGUUAAUAAUGAGAUUUAAUAUAUAUAUAUAUUUGGAUUAUUUUGGGUUCUGACACUUUUGAAUCAUUAAAG